AUGGCUCCCAUUAAGCGCAAGGGCAAUGCCGCCGAGGAGGCAUCAGCCCGCAACCCCCAGAAACGUGUGCGCGUGGGAACCGAGGAGCAGAAGAAGGACGGUAAGGGCUCGUCCGCGGGCUCUGCGCCGAAAGCUUCUGAGCUCGCCGGGCUGCGAGACGACGAGCCUUCUUUCCCUCGUGGUGGUGGGAGCGUCUUGACACCGCUUGAGCGGAAGCAAAUUCACAUUAAAGCGACGAAAGAUGUUCUCUUCGAGCAAAAGAGCGGUACCAAGAGGCCUUCCAAAGACGAUGAUGAAGCCUUCGACGAUGAUACGGAUAUGGAGGACGCAGAGGAGGAUGCGACAGCCCCCGCCAAGAAAUCGCAGAAGCGAAAAGCAAAAGGCAAGAAGGACGCGAAGCAGGAAAAGCGUGACAAGAAGGGUGUCAAAAUCGAGGGUUUGAGCUUCAAGCGUCUGGUACCGGGUACCCUUAUCCUGGGACAGGUCUCGAGUAUAAACACCCAUAACAUUGGAAUCUCGCUGCCGAACAACCUGACGGGUUACGUGCCUCUAACGGCCGUGUCGAAGACUCUCGAGAGCAAGAUUGAGAAGAUGCUGGAGGAAGAGGAAGAGGAUUCAGACGAGGAGGAUUUCGAUCUCAACGACUACUUCUAUCUCGGCCAAUUCUUACGGACCUACGUCGUAUCAGUCGGCAACAAGGCGGCCGAUGCCAGCGCGAAGAGCAAGAAGCGCAUUGAACUUUCGGUUGAUCCACGGUCGGCGAACACCGGCCUCCAGAAGACAGAUAUAGUUGCCAAUACUGCCGUUCAAGCAUCUGUUCUUAGCGUGGAAGACCACGGUCUGGUCAUGGACCUAGGUAUUGAAGGCUCUGAUGUCAGGGGCUUCAUGUCAUCGAAAGAAAUCGACCCUCGGACCGACUAUUCCACAAUCAAGGAAGGAUCUGUCUUCCUGUGCAUGGUGACAGGUCAAAACGCCAGCGGCAAUGUGAUCAAGUUGUCCGCCAACCUCCAGUCUUCUGGAUCGAUCAAGAAGUCGCAUUAUCUCAGCGUGGCGCCUACUAUCAACUCUUUCGCACCAGGUUCUGCAGCAGAGAUUCUCCUGACGGAUGUAACAUCCAGCGGAAUGAUCGGCAAAAUAAUGGGUAUGCUGGACACCACUGUUGACUUGGUGCACUCUGGUGGCGCCACAGGGAAGACAGACCUGACGAAGAAGUACAAUAAUGGUGCUAAGAUUAAGGCCCGAAUCUCGUGCACCUUUCCUGGCUCAGAACCAUACAAGAUCGGGUUCUCCAUGCUUGACCACGUUCAGAAAUUCACAACCGAGGGUCAUGGGCCCAAUUCAUCCGAAGAUGCGCCCGCCAUUUCGGCCGUGAUACCCGAGGCUACAGUUGUUAACGUAGAUCCCGGCCUUGGUGUUUACGUUCAAAUUGGGUCCACAAAGCAUAUGGGCUUUGUCCAUGUAUCGAGACUCGCAGAUGGACAGGUCGAAACGAUAACUUCUGACCAUGGACCUUUCAAGAUCGGUACCACCCAUGAAGCAAGAGUUGUCGGCUAUAGCGCCAUUGAUAACCUCUACUCUCUGUCUUUCGAGCGGAAAGUUAUCGAUCAGCCCUUCCUUCGCUUAGAAGAUGUUACUCUUGGUGCAGUGGUCAAAGUAACCAUUAACAAGGUUCUGAUUGGAGAAUCAGGUGUUACCGGUUUAAUAGUUUCCUUGACCGAUGGCAUCACAGGAUUUAUCCCAUCGGUGCACUUUGCAGACACCCGACUACAGUUUCCCGAAAAGAAGUUCCGCGAGGGGUUGUCUAUCACAGCCAGGGUUCUUUCAGUUAACCUUGAAAAGCGUGAGGUUCGUCUGACCUUGAAGAAGAGUUUGUUGAACAGCGAGGCUGCCGUCUGGAAAGAUUACAGGGACAUUCUUCCAGGAGCCCAGUCUCCAGGAACAAUCAUCAACCUCCUUCACAAUGGUGCUGUGGUUCAGUUCUACGGCAACGUUCGUGGCUGGUUGUCCGUAUCGGAGAUGAGUGAAGCUUACAUUAAGGAUCCCUCGCAACACUUCAAGCUUGGUCAAGUCGUCAAUGUACAUGCUCUGAACGUGGACGCAGCUCAGGCCAAACUUUCCGUGUCCUGCAGAGACCAGUCUUCUCUCGCUGAAAGUUACAGAACGGCUUUCGAGACUAUUCGUCCUGGGCAGUCCGUCACCGGUACCGUGUUUGAAAAAUCCGACGAGUACGUCCUUUUGAAGUUAGACGAUCUCGGUGGCCUCGUGGCUCGAUUGAGCGUGGGUCAUGUAGCCGAUGGAUCUUCCUCUAAGCGUUCCUCGACUCUUUCCAAGAUCCGUGUUGGUCAGAAACUCAACGAACUCGUUGUCCUCGACAUCCACCGUGCUCAUCGCCUCAUCCAUGUUACCAGCCGAGCAAGCCUUAAGAAGGCUGCCAAGGAGGCCAAAAUGCCCAGCGCAUUCGAGGACCUUCAAGAGGGCGCUGAAGUGACCGGUUUCAUCAAGAAUAUCACACCUACCGGCCUCUUCGUGCAAUUUCUUGGUGGGCUUACUGGCCUUGUGCCCAAGCGGCUUGUUGGAUCCGAGGAUGCGAACAAGCCUGACUUUGGUAAGGUUAACUUCCAGGUAGUCUCUGCUACUGUGCACUCCCUUGAUACGGACUUCCGUCGAUUCAUUCUAAGUAUGGAUUCUUCGGAAGCGACACACGCUGGACCCAAGAAGGAGAUCAAGAAAUCUGCAAAGGAGUCCGCAGCCGCUGGUGAUGAAUCCCUCACCAAUCCCAUUGACGAAACUCUGAACGCCAAGUCUGAUAUCACUGUUGGUCGUGUCGUGAAGUGCAAGAUCAACUCCGUCAAAGGAACCCAGAUUAAUGUUAAGCUCGCCGACAACGUUCAGGGUCGUAUUGAUAUAUCCGAGGUGUUUGACAGCUGGGAAGAUAUCAAAGACAAGAAACAUCCUUUGGCUCAUUUCCGCCCUGGUCAGGUCGUGACAGCGAAGGUCCUGGGUCUGCAUGAUGCUCGCAGUUACACAUUCCUUCCGAUCAGUCACCGCAGCGGAAAGUUCAACGUCUAUGAGCUUUCCAUGAAGCCCAAGUUUGUCAAAUCCAACAACGCCACUCCGCUAACAAUCGAGCAAGUGCAAGCUGGGUCUUCAUCGUUCGGCUUUAUCAACAAUGCUGGCAAUGAUUUCUUCUGGGUCAGUUUAUCACCCAAUGUCCGUGGACGAUUGCGAUUCAUCGACGCAUCGGACGAUCUGUCUCUCCUCGCCGACCUUCAGAAGCAAUACCCCAUCGGAUGCGCACUGAAGUUCCACGUCACUGGUGUCGAUGCCGAAAAGGGCCAUAUCGAUCUCUCAGCUAGGGAACGGUCCGAAAGCCUCACCUUUGACGACUUGUCUGUUGGCAUGGUCCUACCUACCAGAGUGACAAGAGUCACGGACAAGCAGGUCAUUAUGCAGCUUAACAACACACUCGUCGGUGCUGUUGAUUUAAUCAACAUGGCGGACGACUUCUCGAAGGCUGAUCCAAAUGCUUACCAUAAAAAUGAAGUAGUCCGCUCAUGUAUCAUUGGUGUUGACAAAGCCAACCGGAAGAUCCAUCUCUCUCUACGGCCGUCGAAAGUACUGAGCUCUUCUCUUUCCGUUCAAGAUCCCGAAAUCACCUCAAUAGAGCAAGUCAAGGUCAACGAUAUCAUCCGCGGUUUCGUGCGACAGGUUUCUGACGGCGGUCUUUUCGUUACUGUUGGUCAAAAUGUUGUCGCGUUUGUUCGAAUUUCCGACCUCUCGGACUCUUAUCUCAAAGAGUGGAAAGACUCUUUUCAGGUUGGCCAGCUAGUCAAGGGACGAGUUACCGUUGUUGACCCAGAGCACAAGAAGCUUCAGAUGAGUCUGAAAGAAUCAGUUCUUGAUCCGAACUACAAGGCCCCCAUCACGCUUCACGACCUCAAACCUGGCCAAACUGUCACGGGCAAAGUCCGCAAGGUCGAGCAAUUUGGUGCGUUCAUCGUUAUUGAUGGCUCUUCCAAUGUUAGUGGUCUUUGCCAUCGUACCGAAAUGGCGGAUAACCGAGUGGAGGAUGCCAGAACUCUGUACGACGAAGGUGAUGCUGUGAAGGCCAAGGUUCUCAAGGUUGAUCGUGAGCAAGGAAAGAUCUCUUUGGGGCUCAAGGCUUCCUAUUUCGAUGAUGAGGAUGAGGAUGAGGAUGAGGAUGAGGAGAGUGGUGACGAGGAUGAUGAAUCAGGAGUCAGCCUUGAUGGUCUUGGUGGAGUUGAGCUUGAAGGAUUUGACGGGAGCGACGAGGAUGACGACAGCGAUGUUUCAAUGGGUGGUGUUGACCUUGAAGACGAGAGCGAAAGUGAAGAGGAAAGCGAGGAUGAGGAAGAGGAUGACGACGAUGAAGAAGAAUCCGCGAAUAAACCUCGACAGGGCGGUCUUGGUGCCGUUGGUUUCGAUUGGAACGGCGACGCAAAGGAUGAGGACGAGGCCAUGCAUUCGGAGUCUGAUGAGGAGGACAAGGGACCACAGAAGAAGAAAAAGCACCGAAAGCCUGAAAUCCAGGUCGACCGGACAGGUGAGCUUGAUGCCAAUGGGCCGCAAUCGAUCGCCGACUUCGAACGACUCCUGCUUGGUGAGCCUGACUCAUCGCUUCUCUGGCUGAGAUACAUGGCAUUCCAGCUCGAGUUGGGAGAAGUUGACAAGGCCAGGGAGAUCGCUGAACGUGCUCUCCGUACCAUUACCAUUGGCCAAGACACGGAAAAGCUGAACAUUUGGGUUGCUAUGCUCAACUUGGAGAACACAUAUGGCGACGACGAUACCCUGGAGGAAGUCUUCAAGCGUGCUUGCCAGUACAACGAUACUCAGGAAAUCUACGAGCGGCUGACGAGCAUCUACAUCCAGUCCGGCAAAAACGAGAAAGCCGACGAGCUCUUCAAACAAGCCCUCAAGAAGAAGGUCUUCCCCAACUCGCCCAAAUUCUUCAUCAACUACGCCACAUUCCUCUACGACACCAUGGCCGCCCCCGACCGCGGUCGUGGUCUCCUUUCCCGCGCCCUCCAGUCCCUCCCCAAGAACACGCACGUCGAAACCACAUCCAAGUUCGCUCAGAUCGAGUUCCGCUCUCCCAACGGUGACGUCGAACGUGGCCGCACCGUCUUUGAGGGCCUCCUCUCCUCCUUCCCCAAGCGCAUUGAUCUCUGGAACGUCCUUUUGGACCUGGAAAUCAAGAACGGUGAUGCUGAGCAAGUGCGCCGGCUAUUUGAGCGGGUCCUUGGCAUCAAGGACGUGAAGAAGGGUGCCGGCUUAGUUAUUGAUGAGGCUAAGAAACUCAAGCCUAAGAAGGCUCGCUUCUUCUUCAAGAAAUGGCUCGAGUACGAGGAGAAGAAGGGCAACGAGAAGACGGUUGAGGAGACCAAAGCCAAGGCUGCGGAGUACGUCAAGUCUCUGCAGCAGGAUUGA